UCUCAGGAAAGACCCGUACGUUGCAAGUUGUAAAAUGGCGACAACUGAUGAGUCCCACUCGCACACUUCCGAAAUCUGAACUCGAUAAACUCUCGCGCAGCUCGCAAGUAUCACACUCGUCGUCGCUGCUAUGGAGCAGUUUAAAGGCCAGCCCCGGCUUCCGAAAUUCGCCGUCCCGAAACGCUACGACGUAAGGCUGAAGCCGGACCUCGUCGCCUGCAAAUUCGGCGGCUCCGUCGACAUCGACCUCGAUAUCGUCGCCGAUACCAAAUUCAUCGUUCUCAACGCCGCCGAGCUCUCCAUUAAUGCGGGCGCCGUCUCUUUCGCUCACGGCGGGUCGUCCAAGGUUUUCAAGCCUUCGAAGGCCGAGACGUUCGAAGACGAUGGAAUUUUGGUUUUGGAGUUUGGAGAGAUGCUUCCGAUUGGGUCUGGAGUUUUGGUUAUUGAAUUUGAAGGAAUUUUGAAUGACAAGAUGAAGGGUUUCUACAGAAGUACAUAUGAGCACAACGGUGAGAAGAAAAAUAUGGCAGUUACGCAGUUUGAACCCGUUGAUGCCAGGCGGUGCUUUCCGUGUUGGGAUGAACCUGCUUGCAAGGCUACAUUCAAGAUAACACUUGAUGGUGUUCCGGCUGAACUAGUAGCCCUUUCUAACAUGCCGAUUCAAGAAGAAAAAUUGAAUGGACAUCUGAAGACAGUUUCAUAUGUGGAAACACCAAUUAUGUCUACAUAUUUGGUGGCCAUUGUUGUUGGAUUGUUUGAUUACGUUGAAGAUCAUACUUCUGAUGGGGUCAAAGUGCGGGUAUAUUGUCAAGUUGGUAAGGCAGACCAGGGGAAGUUUGCUUUGCACUUUGCUGUCAAGACACUUGAAUGGUGCACAGAAUACUUUGCUGUGCCAUACCCGUUGCCCAAAUUGGAUAUGGUUGCAAUACCUGAUUUUUCUUUCGCCGGCAUGGAGAAUUAUGGUUUAGUUACAUACCGAGAAAUGGCUUUGCUUUUUGAUGAACAACAUUCUGCAGCUGCCAACAAGCAAAGGGUUACGAUUACCGUGGCACAUGAAUUGGCACACCAGUGGUUUGGCAAUCUUGUAACAAAGGAAUGGUGGACGCAUUUAUGGCUGAAUGAGGGAUUUGCAACAUGGGUGAGCUAUUUAGCUACUGAUAGCUUAUUCCCAGAGUGGAAAAUAUGGACUCAGUUUCUUAAUGAAGUCACUGCUGGUCUUAAGCUGGAUGGGCUUGAAGAAUCUCACCCCAUUGAGGUGGAGAUCAAUCAUGCUGCUGAGAUUGAUGAAAUACUUGAUGCGAUAAGUUAUAAAAAAGGUGCUACUGUUAUUCGGAUGCUACAAAGCUAUCUAGGUGCUGAAGUCUUCCAGAGGUCAAUUGCUUCAUAUAUCAAAAAGCAUGCUUACUCAAAUGCAAAGACAGAAGAUUUGUGGGCUGCCCUUGAGGAGGGAUCCGGUGAACCUGUAAACAAACUAAUGAAUUCAUGGACACAGCAGAAGGGUUACCCGGUCAUUUCUGUCAAAGUCAAAGAUCAAAAGUUGGAGUUUAAUCAGACACAAUUCUACUCAAGCGGUUCCCAAGGCGAUGGGCAAUGGAUUGUGCCGAUUACAUUAUCCUGUGGCUCGUAUGAUGUGCGCAAGAAUUUCCUACUACAAGCGAAGUCUGAAACUCUUGACAUAAAGGAAUUUCUGGGUUGCUCAGUAGGAAAGGCUGGAUGUGGAGGCACAAGCAACAAAGACAAUGCUUUAUGCAGUUGGAUAAAAGUCAAUGUGGAUCAGACUGGUUUUUACAGAGUGAAAUAUGAGGAUGAACUUGCAGCUGCGCUUAGAAACGCUAUCGAAGAGAAGCAAUUGUCUGAAACUGACAGAUUUGGCAUUUUGGAUGAUUCCUUUGCCCUAUCAAUGGCUCGCAAGCAGUCUUUUGCUUCAUUGCUUACCUUGUUGAGUGCAUACAGAGAGGAACUUGAGUAUAUCGUGCUGUCAAAUUUGAUUGCUAUAAGUUAUAAUCUGGCAAGAAUUGCAGCCGAUGCUGUACCCGGACUACUGGAUCACAUUAAACAAUUCUUUAUUGGACUUUUCCAGUAUUCUGCAGAGAGGCUUGGUUGGCAGCCUAAACCGGGCGAAAGCCAUUUAGAUGCAAUGUUGAGAGGAGAAAUUUUGACUGCACUUGCUGUUUUUGGUCAUGAACUGACGUUAGAUGAAGCAAGUAGGCGUUUUCAUGCCUUUAUAGAAGACAGAAACACGCCCCUCCUUCCCCCAGACAUUAGAAAGGCAGCAUAUGUGGCUGUAAUGCAAAGAACAAGUGUAUCUGACCGAUCAGGCUAUGAAUCUCUUGUUAGAGUCUACAGAGAGAGUGAUCUAAGCCAGGAGAAAACCCGCAUUCUAGGUUCUUUAGCGUCUUGUCCCGAUCCCAAUAUUACACUGGAAGUUCUCCACUUUAUAUUGACUCCUGAGGUUCGCAGUCAGGAUGCUGUAUUUGGACUCGCUGUUAGUAAUGAAGGUCGGGAAACAGCAUGGAAGUGGAUGAAGGAUAACUGGGAGCACAUCUCAAAGACCUGGGGGUCUGGAUUACUAAUUCCUCGCUUUGUCAAUGAAAUUGUUUCACCGUUUGCUUCAUUUGACAAGGUUAAGGAAGUAGAUGAGUUCUUCAAAGCACAUCCAAACCCGAAGAUAACUAGAACAGUGAAGCAGAGCAUUGAGCGGGUGCAAAUCAACGCCAAAUGGGUUCAGAGUGUUCAGAGCGAGAGAAACCUUGCCGAUGUCGCGACGGAGUUGGCAUACCGGAAAUACUAGGAUGCCAUGUUUGGCUGCGUCUGUUUUUUAACAAGAUUAUGGGCUGGUUUGGUAUCGUUUAUUUAAAAAAAAAAAAAACUGUUUCUGCUGUACUGUGAUAAUAAGUUGAAAUAAAGCAGCAGAGAGUUUGUUAAACUUUUUUGUAGCAGUGCUUUUGAAAAAAAAAAACAGUAUUAUAAUGUGUGAUAAACUUUUAUGUAAAAUAGCUGUAAUUGUGUGAAAUGGCUAAAAAUGGUAUAAUAUUA